ACAGUUAAUAGGGGCUCGAGUCUUUAAUUCUUAAGUCGACCGGCCGGGUCGUCACAAUCCUAAAUUUGCUGUAGAUCCCCGGAAUGUACGGCUAGGCCUAGCUAUUGAUGGUUUCAAUCCUUUUGGAGCAAUGGCAACAAACUAUAGUAUUUUGCCUAUGGUUCUUAUUCCAUACAAUCGUCCUCCUUGAGAGUUCAUGAAACAAACUUCAUUUAUUCUUUCAAUGAUCAUUCCAGGAAAACAAAUGCCCGGCAAUGACAUAGACGUGUACUUACAACCUCUUAUCCAAGAGUUGAGAGAAUUGUGGUACGAUGGAGUGCAGACAUUAGACUCUUCAAAGAAUAAAAUUUUUAAAAUGUGAGCAGCCUUGCGUGGACGAUUAGUGAUUUUCCUGGGCUUGGCAAAUUAUCUGGAUGGAACACAUACACUCAGUUUGCUUGUCCCACGUGUAACUUUGAAAUAGACUCUUGCAGGUUAAAGCAUAGUAAAAAAUGGUGUUUCAUGGGUCAUCGUCGUUUUCUUGAAAGAGACCAUCGGUUUAGAAUGCAGCGUAUCCGUUUUAAUGGGAAAAUCGAGCAACGGGAGCCAUCAAUAGAAUUAUCAGGGUCAGACAUCUUGAAACAAAUAGAGUGAAUCAAUGCCAAUUUUGGGAAAGUACCUAAGUCGAAUGCCAAAGGUAAAAGAACUCAAGGAAAAACUAUUGCUGAAGAUAGACCGAAAUAGUGGAGAAAGAGAAGCAUAUUUUUUGAUCUUCCUUAUCGGGAAUCUAACUUGUUGCAUCAUAAUCUAGACCUUAUGCACAUUGAGAAGAAUGUGUGUGAGAAUGUGAUAUAUACUUUUCUCAAUGAUAGCGAAAAGUCAAAAGACAAUCUUAAAGCUCGCAAUAAUUUUAAAGAAGUGGGUAUAAGGAAAGAACUUUGGGCAGAUGAGAAUGGAAGCUAUCGUCUAGCCUUGUUCACUCUUUUAAAUUCAAAGAGAAGUGGAUUUAAGAAAGACAUAUUUUUGCGGACUUUAAAGAAUGUCAAAAUGCCUGAUGGAUACGCUAGCAACAUUUCAAGAUGCGUCGACUUGAAACAACAAAAGCUCAAGUCAAUGAAGAGUCAUGAUUUUCACAUUCUCAUGCAGCACUUGUUACCAAUUGCCAUACGUAGUAUUUUACCAUACAAGGUGACUGUAGUAUUAAUAGAGUUGAGUUCGUUCUUCCGUCAACUCUGUUCCAAAAGCUUAAGUCCCUUAGACUUUGACAGGCUCCAGUCUCGAUAUUUUAUCACCAUGAAUCACCUGGAAAUGUUAUUCCCUCCUACAUUCUUUACAAUCAUGGUUCAUUUAACUGGUCAUCUAGCUGGUGAAGCAAAACUUGGGGGACCUCAACAGUGUCGGUGGAUGUAUCCUAUCGAGAGGUAUUUGGGACACUUCAAAUCCUAUGUGCGAAACAUGUCACAACCAGAAGGUUCUGUAGCUGAAGGAUAUCUAGCUAAAGAGGCUCUUACUUUUUGUUCCCAGUAUAUUGAAGGGAUUGAGACAAGAUUUAAUAGGCCACACCGUGUUGACGAUUUUCUGGAGAAUAGAGGCUCGGCGAAUUUAUCUAGUAUUUUCCCACCAGUUGGUAAAUGACUAGGAGCUAUAACAUUUGAGUUGUCACCUAUGGCAAAACGUCAAGCAUAUCGAUAUGUGUUACUAAAUUGUCCA